AUGUCCUAACUGUAAAGCUAUGCUUAUUUAGAUCAAGGAAAAUCCACAACUUAUUGAAACACAAAAGAUGUUGCAAUAAAAUUGUCGUUGAAUUUGAAAUAAUUAAUUACAAAGAUUACUGUAAAUUGGGGGAUGUUGAUUAAUCAGGAAAUAACUAAUCCAGGUUUGAAGGAUAUGAAAAUAAAAUGUAAUCUUAUAAAAAUAACCUUUGUGAAAUGUUAGGAAUAAGUGAUUCUAAACAAAAAAAACAACUUAUGAAAGAUUUGUGGUUGGAGAAUAUCAAACACGCAAUUUGA